UCAAACCGCCACACUUGGACAAUUCGUGUUGUUGCAGCCGCAGCAGGGGCAAAACAUAGAGAAGUCCCGUGGACAAUUCACAUCAAACGCUUUGGAAGAAAAUUUGUGAGAUACCCGCUCAAAAAAAGGUAUAUUUUUGUGUUUUUGAAAUCUCAGAGACCAAGCAGUUGAGUUAUGGACCCCAACAAGUCUGCGAGCGCUCCUCCGACGGACUGGUCCGGUGAGAAGUCCUCCAUGGGCCAGUCGCCCCCACCGCCGCCCUACCACGACAACCCAGUGUACCCUCAGCCCGGCCAAGCGUACCCACCGCAGGGGCAGGGCUAUGGAUCUCCGCCACAGUAUGGAGGUGCCCCAUAUGGACAGCAGCCGUACCCCGGGGGUCAGCAGUACCAGGGACAGCCAGUCGCCGUUGCUGUCCAGCCCACCGUGUACGUGACUCAGGGCCCUCUGGCUAACCCUGUCAAUGACUACUUGGGCUACUCCAUCUUCACCAUGCUGUGCUGCUGCCUGCCGCUUGGAAUUGCUGCCCUCAUCUACUCCAUCUCAACCCGUGAAGCCAACCACAUCGGGGACCGGCCUAGGGCAGAGGAGAACAGCAAGACAGCCAGGAGACUGAACCACGCGGGCCUGGGAGUCGGCAUUGGGCUCUUCAUCCUCACCGUUGUCUACUAUGCUGUUAUGAUGUCUCGUUAAACCUGUUUCACCAUCUUUCAUAUGUCUAGUCCCCUCUCUCAUUUGACAUAAGAUCACAUAACCAGACCACAUCAAGAACGCUAUACUGGUCUGCGUUUUUUCAUUCAAAUGUGUUACCCUGAAGUUACCCACUGGCUAAAAUACCUUAUAGAGAUUAUUGAUAUUAUUAUCCACAGUAGAUGACCAUCAAUUGUGAACAGACUGCAGAAGCUCUUUAAUUAAAUUGUUGUUUCUGCCACCAAAACUUUCCAAAGAUUCAUAUGUCACCUAUAUGUUUUGUGCUUGUCAUUUGCUUUCUGUAAUCACACAUCAAAAAUCAUGACAAAUGUUUUUCAGCGUUGAUGCCUUAGGAGUUAAGUGUCAGUAUAGUGUUGCUUCACCACAAAUGUAAACUUCAAGUAUUAUCCAAAGAGUGUUUUGUAUGUUCAAAUAGCAGAUGAUUAUCAGUACAGUUUCCACAGUUUUCAGUUGAAAGAGAUUUGUCUGGAGGGUGGAAUAUUACUAACCUGAAACAGAAUUAUUGGUUGUAAAUAUGCACCCAAUAACACCCUCUAACCCUCUCGACAGUAUGCUAACAUAUUAUCAUAUAUAAAAGAAACAACAAUACUUCAGAAAUACUCAGGAGGGAGAGAUUUGGUUUUGUUUAGCUCACACUGAACAAGUAACAAAAACAAAGGGUGGGUCUGUUUCCCAUCAGAGUGUAUCUGGUUAAUUUUUGCAUCAGAGUCCUCUUCUUUGUUCAAGCUUUACAUGAAUCCAGAGUUCCACUCAAAAUCCAAGACUUAGCAACAGUGGAGCCAAUAUGGCUACACAGCUGGGUUCCUCAAUCAGUGACUCUUGCUCACCUCUUUUGAAAGCUGUGGUGUGUUAUGUGGCCUCGGUGUUGUUAGUUACGCAAUGUCUGUAUACUCUUUUCUUAACAAGCUGAAUAUGUAAGAUUUUACUGUAUACCAAAUCUCUAUUCAUAAAGGUCAAGAAUAUUGAGAGAAAAAAA